AUGGAUGUCACGUCAUUGUACACAAACAUACCGCAUGAGGACGGUAUUGCUGCAUGUAAAGAAGUAUGGAACAACAGAAGUGUUAAGAUCCCUCCUACUGAAAUACUAGUGGAAUUGUUCACGCUGGUUCUUAAAUGCAACAAUUUUGUGUUCAAUGACAAGCAUUACCUUCAAAUUCAAGGUACAGCGAUGGGAACAAAAAUGGCACCUUCAUACGCAAACAUAUUCAUAGGCCGUCUUGAGAUGCAAUUACUCUCGACGGUCACAUUGAAGCCGCAUCUAUGGUUACGCUUUAUAGACGAUGUGGAUAUGCAAUGGACACAUGGCCGAGAAUCUCUUCAAACAUUCCUUGACCAUGCAAACAACUUUCACCCAUCUAUAAAGUUUACCAGUGAGGUUUCAAAUGAAAGACACGUGUUUCUUGACACAGUAUCAAAGCUUAAAGAUAACAAAAUUGUUGUUGACCUGUAUUCAAAACCUACCGACACCCACCAGUAUCUUCUCACCACAAGCUGUCAUCCUAAACACUGUUGCCAAAACAUUCCCUAUAGUCAGGCACUGCGAAUCCGCCGUAUAUGCUCAGACACAGAAACGUAUCAAGAAAGAACAGAGGAGCUAUCAAAACACCUCCUAAAAAGAGGCUAUUCCUCAGACUGCGUUCUCGCUGCUACCGAAAAAGCACUUGCAUUCUCAAGGGAAGAACUGCUACAAUACAAACACAAAACAACUGAAUCAAGCAAACGCACACCUUUUGUGGUCACGUACCAUCCAAAUCUGCCAAACAUACGUGCAACUGUAGACAGACACUGGCCUACAAUUGAGUCAUCACAGCGGCUCAGUCGUAUGUUCCCUGAGAAACCCCUCAUCGCAUACAGAAGGCCUAAAAGUCUGCGAGACAUUCUAGUUCGGGCCAAAGUCAAGUCGGCUUCAGACACAACCAGUUCAGGCCAGUCAGAUCCUUGUGGUGCCCCAAGAUGCCAAACAUGCACUUCUAUGCCUAGCACCAGUACAUUCCUUUCCUCCAAUGGAAGCAAAUCUGCAGUUAAAGGAGUGGCUAAUUGCAAAACAGAAAAUGCCAUAUACCUUAUGACAUGCAGGAAGUGCAACAAAAAAUAUGUCGGGGAAACAAAACAGACGCUAGCAAAGCGAAUGAAUCUCCACAGAUCUGACUGGAAAACACGCAAAUUCAAUCGGUCGCCGGUAGCUGAACAUUUUAACAUGGAGGGUCACACCUUUAUGGAUAUCCUACUAUGUUGCAUUGAAUUCAAUGACAGAUGGACGGAUAAGCAAAGAAAGGAAAGAGAAACCUACUGGAUCCACCGUCUCAACACCUUACAACCUAUAGGCAUCAAUAAGGGAGACUAG